GAUAGCGGCGGGAGGGGACCGGUGGCGGCCGGGUGGCCCCGGGGAGGGGUGGUACAGGGCCGGCCCCGGGCCUCGACAGCGAGCAGGAGCCGCCGGUGGUCAGCGGCGACCUGGGCCGGGACCUGGGCCGCGUCCCCGCCGCCCGCGCUGGUUCUGCGGCGGGGGCCAGUCUGCAGCCUGGCGCUGCCAUGGGGCGUUCGGAAGGGGCAGGAGGGCGGGAGGUGGCACCGCAAGGCUCCGGCGCAAAGGUCCACCCUGGCCCCAACCCCGGCAUUGCUGCUGUCGGGGUCCAGCGCCGCUCCCUAAACCUGGAGGAGGAACAGGGCUUCCUCGGUUGGGACCGUGAGGACGGCGGUCGAGGCACGCUGCAGGCGUGCGUUUCUCUCGGAUGACCGUCCCGGUUGUGAGGAGGGCUGGAAGGGGCCUGGGCACCGCUGUCGAGCCAUGAGAGCGCUGCUCAUCCCGGGUGGUGGCGGGCAGGGACGUUGCUCAAGUUAAUCCUCCGAGCCGGCUUGGUUUCUUCACAUGGCUUGAGGCAGCGCUGCGCGGUGGAGGGUCCGCCAGCGAUGGAGGGCUUGGGGCAGGGUGGCAGCAGGGAAGGUGGACGCUGGCCAUGGCGCAUCAGGCGCGAGGGAAGCCCGAGUAGCAGCGAUCUAUGGCUGCAGGCUUCACCUUUAAAACACGCCUUUCCCUGCAAGCAGGGGGAAGCUUACACACACGGCAGAGCUGUCAGCCCCACGCCUGGCCUUAGCAAUUGUUUAUUGCAAGCACUGUCGGAUCCACGGGGAGGAGGAGGCAGAGCGGGAUGACAGCAGUUACAUGAUGGAUUCGCUCCCUGAGCCACUUUCUCAGGGGCCAGGCAGGGCUGGUUGUCUCUGGGCUUGAGGGGUCUCCAGCUUCUAAUUUUAAAAUGAAAGAAAAAGACAAACCUCUGUCAUCUGACACUAAAUGUGGCCGUGCUGGGAAUCAGACACUGCUCUGAAAUUCCUUCUGCCUGCCGGCUGCAGGUGGAUUUCCCACCAGCUUUGCAGGCUCUGGAAAAGGUCAUCUGCCGCAUUGGAACGUGGCUCAGGAGCAAUGCCAGCCCGCAAGCUGGCCAUGUCUGCACGCCCCACUCUCUGCUGGUGUUCGUUUUCCCUGUUGCUUGUGAGGAAAGGUGGACUGUUUGCUCUCUUUGCUGCCAGCUGCCUCCUCUGUUCAGCUGUGAUCACUACUCCUCCUCCCACCAAAUGCUUGAGUUUGACCUCAAAGCAAACAAGCAAAGGACAUAAAAGAGGAAAGAUACAGAUCCACUCCACAUUUUACCUUGCAGUGUUUUCAAUUAAUUUGGUUUGGGAUUUUUCAGAUUACCCCAGGGAAAAUCUGAAACUGUUUGUUUGGAAUCAUCAUGCUUGAUCUUAGCUAUGUAGAAGACUCUGCUUGUCUGCCCCUCAAUUGAUUAGACAGACAUGAAGGAGGGAGUGAUAUUCCUUGUCACUGCACAGGUCUGUUGUUGUCCUGCUUUGGAGGUACUUUUUUAUUUUUUAAGGGUUGACAACCCAGAACUCCCCAAAGUCUCAGCUUGCAAUAAUGACCACACAUGCAGGAGGCAUGAGGGCAGUUAAGAUACCACGUGUAGCCCCAAACUGAAUUUACUCCCAUCUCCAACUAAUCCUACCAUCCCCUACAGUGAUGCUGGGUCACUGUCUAGUUCCUGCGGGAGAGCUGUCCUCACCCAACACCCUCUGUCCACCUUUGCCUGAGCAAAGGGACUAAAUCCCCCAUCGCCCACAUAAGUCCUCCCUGCAGCCUGGUGACAGCCCACACUGUCACCUGCUUCCAGGAUGUAAAUUGAGGCGUCUCCUGCCUGAUGUUCGGGCUUCUCUCACAACAGCCGCUGUAGUUUCACGGUCCAGGCAAAGGCUGAGGGAACACCAUCCCCAGCACUCUCACUUCUGCCAUGGCUGGAGGCCCAGAGCUAUUGAUCGGGGAGACUCUGCCCACACAGUAUUGAUCAGCAAGCACUGACCAGGCAAUGCAGGACUGACGGUCAGUGGCCAUGGGAGGGCUUCCCAAAAGGCGCCUUCACGGCAGUUGAUGCAACCUGAUGGUCUGAUCACCCCAUCCUCUCCCGGGCCUGUGUCUGGCCUUGAGCCCUCCGAUCAGAGCAGUCAUAUGGCAGUUUGCUAAUGAGGUGACGCCCUGCACGGGCAGCACAUUGUCAGGUGGAAGAGGAAACCGAAACAGGCCGAGGGAGAGGCUUACGAUCUUUUCUGUCCUCCCAGCCAUGGAUAGGAAGCAGAAGCAAGCCCAGAAGGCCAGGCCCUACGGCCUGCUGAAGCCGACAGCUUUAGGCAAGAUCCCAGGCAGAUUCCAACUUCACCAGGAAGCAUUGCCCCAUCUCCCCGUGCCGCCGCUCCAGCAAACGCUGGACCGUUACCUGCUGACUCUGCAGCCCAUCAUCAGCGAGGAGGAGCUGAACCACACGCAGGAGCUGGUGGCUGAGUUCCGCAAGCCAGGAGGCGUUGGGGAGAGGCUGCAGAAAGGCCUGGAGAGAAGAGCCAAGAAAACAGAGAACUGGCUCUCAGACUGGUGGCUGAAGACAGCUUACCUGGAGUAUCGCCUGCCAGUUGUGGUCCACUCCAGCCCAGGUGUGGUUUUACCUAAGCAGGAUUUUCUGGAUCGACAAGGUCAGCUCAGGUUUGCUGCCAAGCUGAUCGAGGGCAUCCUGGAUUUCAAGACUAUGAUUGACAAUGAGACCCUCCCAGUGGAGCACCUGGGUGGGAAGCCCCUCUGCAUGAACCAGUACUACCAGAUCCUCUCAUCCUGCCGUAUUCCCGGGCCCAAGCGGGACUCCAUUGUCAACUACGCUAAAGGCAAAAAGCAGUCCAGACACAUCACAGUGGUUCACAACUUCCAGUUCUUUGAGCUGGAUGUUUACAACAGUGAUGGAAGUCCCCUUACCACUGACCAGCUCUUCAUUCAGCUGGAGAAGAUAUGGAACACCUCCCUCCAGACAAACAAAGAACCUAUUGGGAUCCUCACCACCAACCACCGAAACAGCUGGGCAAAAGCCUACAACAACCUUCUGAAAGAUAAGACCAACAAGGAAUCUGUGCGUACAAUUGAGAAGAGCAUUUGCACUGUCUGCCUCGAUGCACCUAUGCCACGGGUGUCUGACGACAUCUACAAGAGCCGUGUGGCCGCUCAGAUGCUGCAUGGUGGAGGCAGUCGCUGGAACAGUGGGAACCGAUGGUUUGACAAAACCCUUCAAUUCAUCAUUGCUGAAGAUGGCUCCUGUGGUCUUGUAUAUGAGCACGCUCCCUCAGAAGGCCCACCCAUUGUUGCUCUUCUGGAUCACAUCGUAGAGUACACAAAGAAACCUGAGCUGGUAAGAUCGCCCAUGAUUCCUUUGCCGAUGCCCAAAAAGCUGCGGUUUAACAUCACCCCAGAAAUCAAGAACGACAUAGAGAAGGCAAAGCAGAACAUCAACAUAAUGGUUGAAGACCUAGAUAUCAAAGUCAUGGUCUUUCAUCAAUUUGGGAAAACCUUCCCCAAGUCAGAGAAGAUAAGUCCUGAUGCUUUUAUCCAGCUGGCCUUGCAGCUAGCAUAUUACAGGAUGUACGGCCAUGCCUGUGCCACGUAUGAGAGUGCAUCGCUAAGGAUGUUCCGCCUGGGCCGCACAGACACCAUUCGCUCCACUUCUGUAGACUCUCUGAAGUUUGUGCAAUCGAUGGACAGCCCUGACAAAUCGGACCAGGAGAAAACAGACUUGCUGAGGAGAGCUACCCAGGCCCACAGGGAAUACACGGAUAUGGCAAUACGGGGCAAUGCAAUAGACCGCCACCUCUUAGGCUUGAAGCUUCAAGCUAUUGAGGACCUAGUGAGCAUACCUGAACUGUUCAUGGACACAGCCUAUGCUGUUGCAAUGCACUUCAAUCUCUCAACCAGCCAGGUCCCAGCAAAGACAGACUGUGUGAUGUGUUUUGGUCCCGUGGUUCCAGAUGGCUAUGGAAUCUGUUACAACCCUAUGGAUGAACACAUCAAUUUUGCAAUUUCAGCAUUCAACAGCUGUGCUGACACAAACGCAGCCCGCAUGGCACAUUAUCUUGAGAAAGCACUGCUAGACAUGAGGAUUUUGCUCCAGUCCACUCCCAAAUCCAAACUGUAAGAGGCAAACGUGAUGCAAAACCCCAACUAAAGGGGCCAUCCCUCAUGCACUGAAGUUCCCAGUUCCUCAGAAAAUGAUUGAGGGGACAGCUCGCCCUGGAACGUAGGAGGACAUCUACCAUUUGUUUUCAGCAAGAGGUUACUGAAUAGUCAUCCACAGGUAUUAGUGGUGAAAAGAAACCCUGUCUUAAGCUGAAGUAGAACUGACUGGUCCUCUUCCAUCAAUGCAAAGUGCACCUUCCUGUCCUCAGAGAGGACUGAAAUAUGUUUUUUUUAUAGAACUUGCUGUAAAGGAAUACAGAAAGCACAGUCCUUACCAGUAUAUCUAAAAUAGAUGGUGAGGAAGGUAGUUCUCCAGAAAAAGUAGGGAAUGUUUAUUAUAUGAUGGAACUACUCUAAGACCAAGUCUUUUUGCUGGUUUCGUCUUCUGAAGAGCACAGCAUCUUUCAAACGCAAUUGAAGAUCUUAAUGUUUUGCUGGAGCAGCAUAACCAUUGAACUUUGGCAAGGGGAGAAAGUUCUUAAGUCAGAGCAGAUCCAGUCUCAUUAGAAUGCACUGCACUCUAUGUCCCAGGCACUCUGGCCAUGACAUGCUUUACAGGCCUAGGAAUGUUCCCUUCCCCUCGUUUUAGGAUGCUGGGAUCUCCUUUCUGUUGCACUGACCCUAUUAACAAUAGAAUAUCAUUCACUACAAACUAAGGUGGAUUUUUUUGUUGUUGUUGUUCUGGGCUUUUUUGUAAGCUUGCAGUUGUGGUCCUAGCCACAAAUCAAUCGUCAGGCUCAGCAUAAAGCUUUUUCCCCACAAAACUUCUCUCUCGCACAGGUUUUGCUAGCUUUGGCUUUAUGUACCUUAACAUUUGGACAGAUGAGAAGGGACUGCCUAUAUGCGUUUAGCAGGACACUUGCUUCAUUGUACCCUUCUUUGGAAUCAAGGAAAAGGAACAGAUGCUGACCUUCAGUUUACUACCCAGGCCACAUGCCUAGUCUCAUUCAGGGCACACAUUAACCCAAUGUGGUUUUACACCUUGCUUUCAGAAACAACAUAUUUGUGCAUAAUGCGUCAUGCCUAAGUUGUGGACAAAUAAGAAUGUUUCUGAUCAGGAACUCCAGAACAUACUUCCAUUUCUGGCCCACAGAGUUCAAAUCUGUUAGAGCCAAAGGAAAAAACAGCUGCAAAAUCAUGCUUCGUUCACACCACUCUAUUUUAACAAGGCAGGGAAUCUUGAAAAGCAGGAAGAAAGCUAAGAACAUGUACACACUGUAGGUAUUUGCCCACCGUGGCAGCCAUUGUUCCUGCAGUAGCAGUACUGCACCUUCUCUGCCACUCGGGAGUUUUUUCUUACUGCAGUGUUACUCAUAUUUGUGCCAGCUCUAUUCUGUGAGAGAAUGAUAUCAUGAUAGUGUUUUCAUCUUCAGUUGACGAACUUGAGACAGUAAAAGAUUAUAUAUAAACAUUAACAUACAAUUUUAACAUAGGAAUUUUUGUAAGCACUACUUCCAAUGAAUCUGCCAGAAUCCAAGCUCCUGACUAUGCUUUUAUUUAGUAAAGCCGUAUGGUAAUGAAGAAUUCUAGUGCUAUUUCUGCAACAGGAAUUUAAUACUUAAAUUGCACACCCUUCAAGACUUGGCUACUGGGACAUCACCAUAAACAAGAAGCGUUAGGAGUCUGAUGGCCUGUUACAGGAGAAUAUUUGAUCAUAAUUGCUACUUUUCUGAUCAUCGAACAGCAAGGAACAUGAUCCAAGUGCCUUGGUGAACCUACAUGAAGAAAUUUGCACUAAACCUGUUUAAAGUAAAAGAAAAAAAAAAAAAUCAUUCUAACUUGCUUCCUGAAAGAUACAAGCCAGCACUACUGCAUUUUUUCCUAAAAGGAUGUUAUUUCAAAGCUUCUUACACCUAAACAAACAUUAAAAAGGAGAAUUUAACUGAAACUCACCUGCACAGCCAAUGAUUGUAUGAACUGCCACUUUCACAUCAUCUACAUGGAUUUAGUUCAUCUUUUAGGAUAAUCCUGAGUGGAGUGAGAUAGUCUAAAAAAACCCAAAAGGAGCACUACAAACCUGUGAGCACGCGUCCCUGCUCUGUCGACUCCUCUGUGUAAGUUAGACUGAAAACUACAAAAGCAUACUCAGUAUUAUCACAGUUAAGGGAUUGUGUAAAUACUACAUAAAAGACCAAACCUUGCUGGAAAAACAUCUGGGUUUACAGAGCCUUUUAUGUUGGAAAAAAAAUAUAAUAUUCCUUUUGCCAAAGCAAUCCUCCCCCCAUACUGAAUCAACCUCUCUUGCUAAAGGAUGAGUUAUUUUUCCCGGUCUGCAAUGCCUUCAACAGUAUUGCCACUUAAGUAUUUGAGACUGGCCCUUUUCUGCUUCUGUCUCCCAAGUGAAAGGCUCUCAAAGGAAAGUGCCUAUUAAAGAUUAAGCAGAAGUACACUCUGCCGUGACAGUUAUCUCUGAAGAUGGGAUUGAUCUAUUCCAGAUCUAAAUCUGGAUAUCUAGCUUCAGCAGAGUACAGCUGCAAGAAGCAGACUAUCGCAUUGAAAGAGAUACAAGAUUCAUAAACCACUUAAUGCAUAUAUACAGAGCUGAAAUUCAGAUGAAUGAAGCUGAUUUUUGAAGUGCUUGAAAGGACACGAAUGUCAUUACACAGUUUCUCCUUUAAAAAGUCUUUUCUUAUUGAACAAGUUCUAAAAUGUUCCGAUUCAUACCUUCUUGAUAUUUUUGGUGACGACUUACUGAAUACUAUUCUCCCUGUUUUAUCAAGAGAUGUCCAUUGUCUUAAAGGGAUACUAAGUACAAGAAACUUAAGUUCCAGAAAAACUACCAAUUUGGAACAAAUAAUUUAAGAAAUGCAUAGACUGAAAAUAUUCAGAUAACUCUUGGGGUAUGAGUGCAAUUUAUGACACAGCCCGGUAGUGUUGCAUGCUUUGCUGGCUAGCUGUGUUAAAAACUUGUUUCAGUAGUGUAAUCAAUGUCAUGCAGAGUUUUGAAGUGUUCUUUGAAUAAACUGAAACACAAUAAACAGAUAAGUGCUACAAAAA